UUUACCCUGUUACUUUGUUACCCUGUUACCUUGUUACCCUGUUACCUUGUUACCCUGUUACCUUGUUUCCCGGUUACUCUGUUACCUUCUUACCCUGUUAGACUGUUACCCUGUUACCUUGUUACCCUGUUACCCUGUUACCCUGUUACCUUGUUUCCCAGUUACUCUGUUACCUUGUUACCCUGUUACCUUGUUUCCCGGUUACUCUGUUACCUUGUUACCCUGUUAGACUGUUACCCUGUUACCUUGUUACCCUGUUACCCUGUUACCCUGUUACCUUGUUUCCCAGUUACUCUGUUACCUUGUUACCCUGUUAGACUGUUACCCUGUUACCUUGUUUCCCAGUUACUCUGUUACCUUGUUACCCUGUUAGACUGUUACCCUGUUACCCUGUUAGACUGUUACCCUGUUACCUUGUUACCUUGUUACCCUGUUACCCUGUUACCCUGUUACCUUGUUUCCCAGUUACUCUGUGACCUUGUUACCCUGUUAGACUGCUACCCUGUUACCUUGUUACUCUGUAACCCUGUUACCUUGUUUCUCAGUUACUCUGUUACCUUGUUACCCUGUUAGACUGUUACCCUGUUACCUUGUUACCCUGUUACCCUGUUACCUUGUUUCCCAGUUACUCUGUUACCUUGUUACCCUGUUAGACUGUUACCCUGUUAGCUUGUUACCCUGUUACCUUGUUUCCCAGUUACUCUAUUACCCUGUUACCUUGUUACCCUGUUACCCUGUUACCUUGGUACCCUUUACCUUGUUACCCUGUUACCAUGUUACCUUGUUACUCUGUUACCCUGUUACCCUGUUACCUUGUUGCCCUCUUACCUUGUUACCCUUUUACCCUGUUACCUUGUUACUCUGUUACCCUGUUACCUUGUUAUCCUGUUACCCAUUUCCCCUUUUACCCUGUUACUUUUUUAAUCUGUUACAUUGUUAUCCUGUUACUUUGUUACUCUGUAACCCUGUUACCCUGUUAGACUGUUACCCUGUUAGCUUGUUACUCUGUUACCCUGUUACCUUGUUUCCCAGUUACUCUGUUACCUUGUUACCCUGUUAGACUGUUACCCUGUUAGCUUGUUACCCUGGUACCCUGUUACCUUGUUUCCCAGUUACUCUAUUACCUUGAUACCCUGUUAGACUGUUACCCUGUUACCUUUUUACUCUGUUACCCUGUUACCUUGUUUCCCAGUUACUCUUUUACUUUGUUACCCUGUUACUUUGUUACUCUGUAACCCUGUUACCUUGUUACCUUGUUACCCUGUUACAUUGUUACCCUAUUAAACAGUUACCUUGUUAUCCUGUUACCCUGCUACCUUGUUACCCUGUUAGACUGUUACCCUGUUACCUUGUUACCCUGUUACCCAGUUACCCUGUUACCUUGUUUCCCAGUUACUCUGUUACCUUGUUACCCUGUUAGACUGUUACCCUGUUGGCUUGUUACCCUGUUAACCUGUUACCUUGUUUCCCAGUUACUCUAUUACCUUGUUACCCUGUUAGACUGUUACCCUGUUACCUUGUUUCCCAGUUACUCUGUUACCUUGUUACCCUGUUAGACUGUUACCCUGUUAGCUUGUUUCCCAGUUACUCUGUUACCUUGUUACCCUGUUAGACUGUUACCUGUUAGCUUGUUACCCUGUUACCCUGUUUCCUUGUUUCCCAGUUACUCUAUUACCUUGUUACCCUGUUAGACUGUUACCCUGUUACUUUGUUACUCUGUAACCCUGUUACCUUGUUACCCUUCUUCCUUGUUACCCUGUUCCCAUGUCACCUUGUUACCCUGUCAUCCUGUUACCUUGUUACCCUGUUACAUUGUUACCCUAUUAAACAGUUACCUUGUUAUCCUGUUACCCUGCUACCUUGUUACCCUGUUAGACUGUUACCCUGUUACCCUUUACCCUGUUACCUCGUUACCCUGUUACCCUGUUACCUCGUUAUUCUGUUUCCCUGUUACCCU